GCCGGCAGCCGGGCUGUGAUGUUCCUAAAUGAGCGCAUGCAACGCUCCACCUGGCUCCUCCUUGACUUUGCUUGGAACCAGAGAUACGACCACAUAUUCCACUGAGCGAUCUGAGCACUUCAAACCCUGCCGAGACAAGGACCUGGCCUACUGUCUCAAUGAUGGCGAGUGCUUUGUGAUCGAAACCCUGACCGGAUCCCACAAGCACUGUCGGUGCAAAGAAGGCUACCAAGGAGUCCGCUGUGAUCAAUUUCUGCCGAAAACCGAUUCCAUCUUAUCGGAUCCAACAGACCACUUGGGGAUCGAAUUCAUGGAGAGUGAAGAAGUUUAUCAAAGGCAGGUGCUGUCGAUUUCAUGUAUCAUCUUUGGAAUUGUCAUCGUGGGCAUGUUCUGUGCAGCAUUCUACUUCAAAAGCAAAAAACAAGCUAAACAAAUUCAAGAGCAGCUGAGAGAGCCACAGAAUGGUAAAAACUACAGUCUCAAAGCAUCCAGCUCAAUGGCAAAGUCAGAACACUUGGCAAAGAAUCACGUCCAGCUGCAAAAUUACUCAAAGGCGGAAAGGCAUCCUGUGACUGCACUGGAGAAAAUGAUGGAGUCAAGCUUUGCUGGCCCCCAGUCAUUCCCAGAGGUCCCUUCUCCUGACAGAGGAAGCCAGUCUGUCAGGCAUCACAGCCGCAGCCUCUCCUCCUGCUGCAGCCCAGGCCCGAGGGCCGGCGUGCUCCACAGGCCCGCCUUCAGGAGGACGCCCCCCUCGCCCCGGAGCCGGCUGGGCGGAGCUGUGGGACCGGCGUAUCAGCAACUUGAGGAACCAAGGAUCCCAGACCGGGACACAAUACCUUGCCAAGGGAUAGAGGUCAGGAAGACUAUAUCCCACCUGCCUAUACAGCUGUGGUGUGUUGAAAGAUCCCUGGACUUAAAGCAUUCAUCCGCUGGUUUAAACAUCCAACAAAAUGCAUCAAUAAAUAUGCAACUGCCUUCAAGAGAGACAAACUCCUAUUUUCAUAGCUUGGAUCAAAAGGACCUGAUGGGAUAUUCAUCCCCAAGGGCCAGUUCCGUGCCCAUCUCCCCUUCAGUGGGUCCAGAGGAAACCUGCAAGCAAAUGCCAGGGACCUCCGAAGUCAAAAGCAUCAAAUGGUGCAAAGACUCCUACUCUGCUGAUACUGUCAACGUGAGUAUUCCAGUCAGCGAUUGUCUUAUAGCAGAACAGCAAGAAGUGAAAAUAUUGCUAGAAACUGUCCAGGAGCAGAUCCGAAUUCUGACUGAUGCCAGGCGGUCAGAAGACUACGAACUAGCCAGUGUAGAAACUGAGGACAGUGCGAGUGAAAACACAGCCUUUCUCCCCCUGAGUCCCAUGGCCAAAUCUGAACGAGAGGCACACUUUGUCUUAAGAAAUGAAAUACAAAGAGACUCUGCAUUGACCAAGUGACUUGAGAUGUAGGAAUCGGUGCAUUCUAUGCUUUGCUCAACAGGAAAGAGAGGAAACUAAAUACAAAUUAUUUAUAUGCAUUAAUUUAAGAGCAUCUACUUAGAAGAAACCAAAUAGUCUAUCGCCCUCAUAUCAUAGUGUUUUUUAACAAAAUAUUUUUUUAAAGGGAAAGAAAUGUUUCAGGAGGGAUGAAGCUUACAACUAAAGCUUUUGGGUGGAAUUCUGAAUACCGUUUCAGUUAGUCCCAACACUGUCCUCUUUGGCUCUUAGUAGAUGUGGGCGAUUCAGCCCCUCAGGCCCACAGCCCCAGUGUUCUGGUAGAAAAAGCGCUUAGCGAGAGAAAGCAUCCGAGGGCGGCUGUGCCAUGAGCAGGCGGCCCUCGCCAUUUGGCUCGACGGCCCCAACCCCUAAAUUUCUCUUCACUCGACAGCCUCAUGCAGGUUAUGUCAUGUCAACAAGCGUAGUGUGUUCUAUUUAAUUCCUGAAGAAUGGCACAGAGACUCUGCAGAGAGAAGGGCAGGGUUUAGAGGGGCUCACCGGGGGCAGCCUCAGCUACUCUUAACGUGCCAUCUUCCUCUGAAAUGUGAAGGCGCAGAAUCUCAGAGGGAGGUCUGAAAUCAAUACAGAAAAAAGACCAAAAAAUCUCGGCACCGUGCCGCUGAAGUCCUGCUGGUAGAAAUGGUUUCCUCUGAGGUCGCUUAGGCGCCGAGGGAGCCUUUGCCGGCGGGCCUGCCUCCGAGCGCCCUUCGCUGUCCGCACACGCGUUCGUUGUGAGUGUGUGUGUGCAUGUGUGUGCGUUUUAAGCUUGCCAACAUUUGUUCUGAAACAUCAGGGACUCUAAUACUCAGAAAAAAAAAUUUCCCUCUUAGAUCUGUUCACUUUAAAUUUUUUCAUUAAGCAAAAAGUUCAGUUAGUAAGUUCUUGAAUCAGUCACUUGCAUGGUGGGCUCCUAUACAAUGUUGACAGUGUCUAGACCAUUUCCGACGUGAACGCUUCUGGAAGGAACAACUGUAGGAUCAUGGGUGGUAUCCGUAUCACAGGGCGAGUGGAAGAUGUGUAUUUAUUUUGAAUCACGCGUACUUAAAUUAUUUGCACAAGCCAAUGACCAAAUUGACGGUUAUCCUUUGCUUUCUCAUGAGCCUCAUUGCUAUUUAUUUUGUAGCAAGUCUACAACCUGUGGACCAAGACAUUGGCUUCUGUGGUUAAUAUGGAAAGAAUAAAUUGUCGAAAUCGCAAAACCCAGAGUAUUUAGUCCACAAGAAGGCCCCAAAAGAACAGUAAAUCGUGUUGUAUGUUC